GUAAGCAGGAAAGCAGGCAAGGCACGGUACGGAGCGACAGCGCAGAGGAACGAGCUGGCGGCUGGCGCUGUCAGUGUGGCGGAGCCCACAUCGAAUUCGAAGCAGAAUCAGAAAGACGGCUGCAAGGGAGAGAAGGCCGAAAGCAGCGAAUAGUUGUGUGCAUCGCGUGAAGUGUCCGGUUAAGUCGUUUUUUGGCCGCCUUCAGACACAUUUUCGGGGGUGACCAAUGUUAACCUGACCCCACAACUGUGCGCCGCUGGACUAGACAAGGCUCGGGGCGACCAACUACCGCAGCCGCAAACAUAUUGGACCAAAUUAAAAAAACUGCAGUAAGAAAUGGCUACGAUAGACGGCCGUCCCGCACAAUAUGGAAUAUCCUUAAAACAACUCCGCGACCUCAUGGAACAUCGAGGUCGCGAAGGAAUCCAAAAAGUACAAGAUUUAGGUGGGGUUCAAGAAAUUUGUAAGAAACUAUACACAUCCCCUAAUGAAGGUCUUAGUGGCUCACAAGUAGAUUUAGAACAUAGAAGGGAAACAUUUGGUUCAAACUCAAUUCCCCCAAAACCACCAAAAACAUUUUUACAAUUAGUAUGGGAAGCUUUACAAGAUAUAACUUUAAUUAUUUUAGAAGUAGCGGCCAUAGUUUCUUUGGGACUUUCGUUCUAUCAACCACCGUCUGAAGAAGAGGAAACUGGAUUCGAUGAUGAUGAAACUAGUCACGGGUGGAUUGAAGGGCUUGCCAUUUUAAUUUCGGUUAUAGUAGUAGUAUUAGUGACAGCGUUUAAUGAUUAUACUAAAGAAAGACAAUUUCGUGGUCUUCAAAGUCGGAUAGAAGGCGAACAUAAGUUUUCAGUUAUUAGGGCAGGAGAAGUUAAACAAAUUUCCGUCAGUGACAUAGUCGUAGGGGAUAUUUGUCAAAUUAAAUAUGGUGAUUUACUACCCGCUGAUGGUAUCCUAAUCCAAUCCAAUGAUUUAAAGGUUGACGAAUCUUCGUUGACCGGCGAAUCAGACCACGUGAAAAAAGGUGAACAUUUUGAUCCGAUGGUUCUUUCCGGCACGCACGUGAUGGAGGGGUCUGGAAAAAUGUUGGUUACAGCAGUGGGUGUUAAUUCACAAGCAGGUAUUAUAUUUACGCUACUUGGAGCAGCAGUCGAUCAACAAGAGCAGGAAAUUAAGAAAAUGAAGAAAGAAGCUAAAAAGCAACGGAAGAAGAAAAGUCUAACAGGCGAUGAAGAAAAUGUGACUGGAAACAGUCAUAUGAAUUCACCUGCUCCCGUGGCUAACAAACACGAGGUUCAAGAUGGCGGUAAGGAGAAUCACGUCAGUUCAGCACCGCCGCCCGAAUCAAGCCAUAAAAAGGAAAAAUCAGUUCUGCAAGCCAAACUUACCAAAUUGGCGAUUCAGAUCGGUUACGCUGGCUCCACGAUCGCCGUGUUAACGGUUGUCAUUUUAAUCAUUCAGUUUUGUGUCCAAAAAUUCGCUAUCCAAGGGGAAGCCUGGCGAAAUUCGUAUGCCAAUCAGUUAGUCCGACAUCUGAUUAUUGGUGUUACUGUACUUGUAGUAGCUGUGCCUGAAGGUUUACCAUUGGCUGUAACUCUAUCCUUAGCUUAUAGUGUUAAGAAAAUGAUGAAAGAUAACAAUUUAGUAAGACAUCUCGACGCCUGCGAAACAAUGGGCAACGCUACCGCCAUAUGUUCAGAUAAAACCGGUACUUUAACCACUAAUCGCAUGACCGUGGUACAGUCUUAUAUUUGCGAGCAACUUUGCAAAACAAUACCGAAGUUUUCCGAUAUCCCUGCACAGGUUGGCAAUCUGAUUUUACAGGGUAUUGCCGUUAAUUGCGCUUAUACGUCACGUAUUAUGCCUUCCGACGAUCCCAGCGAACUGGCGAAACAAGUUGGCAACAAAACCGAAUGUGCACUCUUAGGAUUUACUAUUGCGUUGGGUAAAAACUACCAGCAUAUCCGCGACGACUUCCCGGAAGAAUCGUUCACGAGGGUUUAUACGUUUAAUUCGGUCCGAAAAUCAAUGAGUACAGUAAUACCGCGAUCAGGAGGCGGCUAUAGAUUAUUCACUAAAGGUGCUUCUGAAAUUAUUUUAAACAAGUGUGCCUUCAUUUAUGGUCACGAUGGCCGAUUGGAGAAAUUUACCAGAGAUAUGCAGGAACGUCUACUGAAACAAGUGAUCGAACCGAUGGCUUGCGACGGCCUCAGAACAAUAUGCGUUGCGUACAAGGACUUCACCACUGGCAAAGCGGAAAUCAAUCAAGUGCAUGUCGACAACAUGCCUAACUGGGACGACGAAGAAAACAUCGUCAGCAAUUUGACCUGCCUCGCGGUUGUCGGCAUUGAAGAUCCGGUGAGGCCGGAAGUGCCCGAGGCUAUCAGAAAAUGUCAGAAAGCCGGCAUCACCGUGAGAAUGGUGACCGGUGAUAACGUGAACACGGCCAGAUCGAUAGCUACGAAAUGUGGCAUCGUGAAACCCAAUGAAGACUUCCUCAUUUUAGAAGGGAAAGAAUUUAACAGAAGGAUUCGGGACAGCACGGGAGAGGUGCAACAACAUCUGCUAGAUAAAGUAUGGCCUAAAUUGCGAGUAUUGGCUCGUUCGUCACCUACGGAUAAGUACAUCUUGGUGAAAGGGAUAAUUGACAGCGCCGCUAGCGAAAAUCGAGAAGUGGUAGCCGUUACCGGCGAUGGUACCAACGACGGUCCCGCUUUGAAGAAAGCCGACGUUGGAUUUGCUAUGGGAAUUGCCGGAACCGACGUCGCUAAAGAAGCGUCCGACAUCAUUCUGACGGAUGAUAAUUUUAGUAGCAUCGUCAAAGCGGUGAUGUGGGGUAGAAACGUCUACGACAGUAUAGCGAAGUUUUUGCAAUUCCAGCUUACUGUCAACGUGGUGGCCGUUAUUGUGGCGUUUAUUGGUGCUUGCGCUGUCCAGGACAGUCCGCUCAAGGCUGUGCAAAUGUUAUGGGUGAACUUGAUUAUGGAUACGUUGGCUUCCCUGGCGUUGGCUACCGAACUGCCGACUAGCGAUUUGUUACUUAGAAAACCGUACGGAAGAACCAAGCCUCUUAUAUCUAGGACUAUGAUGAAAAACAUCCUCGGCCAAGCUGUAUAUCAGUUGUUUAUAAUCUUCGGUUUACUGUUCUGGGGACAUCUGAUGCUGGAUAUCGAAUCGGGUAAACAGACCGAACUGUUUGUGGGGCCAUCUCAACACUACACAGUUAUUUUUAACUCUUUCGUAAUGAUGACCUUAUUUAACGAAUUCAACGCGAGGAAAAUCCACGGACAAAGAAACGUCUUCGAAGGGAUUUUCACUAACCCUAUAUUCUACACCAUAUGGAUCGGCACGUGCGCUUCCCAAGUGUUGAUCGUUCAGUAUGGUAAAAUGGCGUUUUCUACUAAAGCCCUUACAUUGGAACAAUGGCUUUGGUGUCUUUUCUUCGGCGUUGGAACUCUACUUUGGGGGCAAGUGAUCACCACUAUUCCGACAAGAAAACUUCCCAAGAUAUUGUCAUGGGGUCGCGGCCAUCCGGAAGAAUAUACCGAAGCGAUCGCCAUCGGCGAAGAGAAAUUCGACGUGGAUUCGGACAAAAAGCCGCGCGCGGGUCAGAUACUUUGGAUCCGUGGUCUUACUAGGUUGCAAACUCAGCUGCGAGUAAUCAGAGCUUUCAAGUCCACCCUGGAGGACCUGGAGGAACGGCGCUCGGUACAUAGUUUACACAGCUUACACAGUUUGCGCAGCUCGCGCAGCCAUACCGGUCCGUGGCCGCCGCGGCCCCUCUCAGACAUCACUUACAUUGACGAGGAUCCGGCCAACCCGUCGCGGCUUCCGCUGCCGAAUCAAAAGGAGGACCACAGGCUCUCACCCUCUCCUAAUACCCUCCGAUUACCCCCCCAUCAUCCGCAAUUCGCUCACCACGCGCCUCCCGCAAAUAACUCGGACUUGCCUAAACCCGUGCAUGAAACUCGCAUCUAGUGUUGCCGGUCCUGGCCGAUGCGGCGCCACCGGAAGGCCCCCCAUUUGAGCGGGGCUCUCCGUUGUCAUUCGUAUGACGUCGCCACGGUCCGGACCCCACCGUCUUCGCUGGACUAGUGUGUGUUUUUUUUUUGUUUUGUUAGCGUUCCCCCUUCCAUCCAAAAUUGUAACGCCCCCGACCUAGAUUCCCGUCUCCGUUAAGGCCUAGUCAAAGUGCCACUGCCACACAUUCGAAACGUACGGGGUGUCUCGUUUUAUUUCCGCUUCUAAGCGCCCCCGAAAUGCAGGUCGAAAAGCCUCUCGCUAUUUAAAUCACGUGCUGCGUAAAAACCCACCCUCGUAAAUUUUGACCAAAAAUUAUACAGAGGGUGCGCGACUGAACUGCGCGUUGGAAUUGCCUCAAAAUAAUUAAAGAAAAGAAAGAGAAAAUUAAUUUGAUAAAAUAAAUAUGCAUAUUCGCCCAGUUUUUACAAACAAGUCAUAUAGGUGAUAUACUUUUUUGAACAUUUCUGGUUGAAAUGUUGCUGUUUUGACAGAAGUUCAAGGCAUAUUUAAAAUUUUAAGCUCUAGAUCUGUAUUUUGGAAGGGCAAUAGGGGUCGAGAAGAACAAACUAAUCGAUUAUCAUCAAUCAAAAUUUUGCAUUACGCACAAAUAAAAGUACCCUGUGUGAUGCGUUUCGUUCUAUCAUUAUUCUGUCUAGAACAGAACAAGUUGACUCGCUACAUCUCGAAAAGGAAUUUAAUCUAGUAAAUCGUUGUGUCGGCUUUGUUUCGUUUUCGGGGCAACAUGUGGUAUUUUAACUAGACUUAAAAUUGUUAGCUUAGCACUAAGUAGAAAUAAAGUUGACCGAACUCAUUACAUUUGUAUUAUUUUGUAUAUAAUAUUUCGUCUUUUAUGUAGACUAGCUGUAUGUAUAGCAUUUUAGAGUUAGUUCUCUCAGGUUAGUGGCAAUGGAAAUAAACAAUUUUAUUUUUGAACUUGUGUAGCGCAUGCACACUAUUUGCGAGUCAACUGUAUUGUGAGUCAAAAUGGCGAACGACUUAAACAAAAAGUAUACAUGAAAAAAAAAAAAUACCCGUUAAAAACAAUCCACAAUCAGUACCAAGAAACACACUUGAUUUUUACUAGUGGGAAAUUUCUGCAAUUAUGUGCUGCGCUUGGCUGUGGGUCAGCAGGCUACGUUUACUUAAUUUUUCCAAUGUUUUAGACAUACGUAUAUAUAUAUAUAUAUAUAUAUAUAUAUAUAUAUAUAUAUAUAUAUAUAUAUAUAUAUAUAUAUAUAGGGUCUCUAAACGUACAACACUCCCUUCCACCUUAAUUUUGGCAUACUUAAUAACCGCUCGUUUGUCGCAACUUUUUUUCUUCCUUCAGAUUUGUAAGCAAAUUGAAAAUUUAUGAAGCGGUUUGGAUUUUUGACGUUCAAUAUAUGAAUCUAGAAAACUGGGUAUCUGCAUGGGAGAAAAAAUGGCGACGGUUGUCCAAACGGGAGGUCACUAAGUACGCGAACCUCAUAUGUUUCCUAUACGUAAUUAUUUCGUUAUCACAUGUAUUUACACGCUCCUGCACCUCGUGUGUGUGUAUAUAUACACAAGAACAGCAAUUUUCGUAACUUUUCGAGACUUAAAUAUCAAAGGAGUGACUUUUAGGUUGUUUAGGUUUUAUUUUUUUUUUAUUUGGGAUUUCCGUUUACCUUGUGUAUAUGUAUACGCUAAAGUCAUGCUCUGUUAUCAAUAUUCGGCACUGAGCCAGGUGAGAUACACACGUUUGAGCCAUCGUGUGUCUGUUUAUGAACACAUACGAACACGUGUAAGCAUACCCGGAGUAGCCUCCACGUUUUCCUUUUAUGAAAAAAAUCAGCGACACAGUAAAAUAUUUUGAAUAUUGGAUCAAUUAAUUACCCGUCUACGUAGAUAAUGCUGCGGAUGUUUUCUUCUUUAUAACAUCUUUACCAUUGACUAGAGCGGUAUAGCAACGUCAUCGCCAUUUCCGCGCUAAGAGAGCUACCGUAUAGUGUCGUCUUAUUCGAGGAAUCUGCAUUUUCGUGCCGUUGUGUUGUGUCUAUUCCGCUUAUGGUUAUUAUUAGGCGUCUUAGUACAUCCGAAGUUGUCAAAAAAAAAAAAAAAAAACAAAAAUUUGUUAAGUCAAGGUAAAGGCGGAAUAAAGUAUUGAACCGCCAGAUAAUUUGGAAACGAGCGCUGUAUUUUUUUGUUUUUUACUUCUUUCAGGUUUAUUAGUAGCGUCUAUUAUUCUGUGCACUUAUCUUUAUUGUUUUGUGUCUACCACUGUCUGUCGAACCACUCUUUAACGUUGACCUUUACUCUUGAAGGUGAUAGGUGGUGAAUUGCAAGAACGUUUGAUUCCGGUUCCGUACAGCAAGAGCUCAACUGACCAAGCUGUAAGCCGCUUUCCUACAUCUUUUCUGUCCGCUGUGUAUUCGUAUGCGCUGUUCGCUCUUGUUUGUAUU